CUCUCUCAGUCUCUCUCUCUCUCUCUCUCUCUCUCUAAUACUCUUUUUGUCCACCAAGUUAUCAGCUUUUUAUCAUCCUUUUUGGUUCCUUUCAAUCAAAACCCUAAUUCCCCCUCUCUCUUUCUCGUCAAUUGCCUUUCAGCUUUUGCAGAUCUCACCACCUCCAUCUGUAAUUUGUCUUUGUAAUCUAAUCCCCUCGUCCAGCUCGAGCGUGUGAAGGUGAAUUUUGGGAUUUCCUUUUUUCCGGGUAAAAUUCGAGUCCUUAAAGAAGAUUCUUAUUGUUUAAACAUUGGAGGUCUGGAGCUCAUGAGAAUUGUUAGGGGAAUGCAGAGAUUGUUUUGUGACGACGAGGAGCUGAACGCACUAGGCUGGAAGAAUUCCUUCAGCCAAGGGAUUGGCGCCACUGUGCCCAAGGCAAGAACGCGCGACAAACCCAUGAUUGCUAGGGUCUUUUUUAGUCUCUAAGUUUUGGGUCAUCUGGGUCGAGAAUUGGUAUUUGCAUUUCAGUAAUCAAGAAAUAUAACCGUUGAAGCCAAUGACUCGGAUUUUGGUUCAACGAGGCAGCGGUUCUUCUUCUUCAAAUCAAAGCCGAACAGGGUCCUCUUCAGCUGCUCGGCAGGACACACAGGUGACAGCUACUGCUCCGGUUGUUUCAGCUCCUGAAAUUGUUGAGGAGGCACAGGAACUUUUAGUUGUUGAUGAGUUAUUGGAGUGUUGCGGGAGUAGUGACAACAAGGCAUCAAAAAGUGAUGAGCUUUUGGUAGAAGGUUUACAUGGUGGUAGGAAUGAGAAUUCGAGUGAUGAAAUUGGGGAUAAUGAGAAAUUGGUUAAUGCUGAGUGUGUUGGAUCAGGGGACAUGGUAAAAGGAUUGGGUGGUUUGAGGAUAUUGGAGAGAACUUCAGCGGAGAGUGAAGGUGCAUGCCUUGAUUCUCCAGGGAUUGGCGGUGGAAGUCCACAACCACCACCCCCUCCUGUGCCACCUCCAAAGCCUCUGGCAACAAAUUCAAAUUCAAACUCGAGGAGAUUUGUAUCAGGAAGUUCAAAUUCCAUGCGAAUUGGAUCGUCUAGAAGAGCAGUUGCUUGGCCUGUUGUUUCUACUAGGACUUCACCAUCAGGGUCCCGCCCUUCCUCUCCAAGGUCUCAUGGUGAUAGCGAGGGGUAUAAUAGUGCUGAUGAGCAGAACCCUUGUUUUGUUUCCUCUUAUGAUGAUUUGGAAAGAGAACGUCAGUUUGAGAUUGACAUAAGGCGGUCUAAAGGAUUAGAAGUAAAAAGAAUGUUGGAGGAUGGGAAUUGUCUCUUCCGAGCUGUUGCAGAUCAAGUGUAUGGAGAUUCUGAGGUGUAUGAUUUGAUUAGACAAAUGUGCAUAGAUUAUAUGGAACGAGAGAGGGAUCACUUUUCUCAGUUUAUAACCGAAGGCUUUACAUCUUACUGUAAGAGGAAGAGAAGAGAUAAGGUCUAUGGGAACAAUGCGGAGAUUCAAGCUUUAUCGGAAAUGUAUAACCGGCCAAUUCAUAUUUAUUCUUAUGGCACAGAACCUAUCAACAUAUUUCAUAGAGGCUACAACACUGAUACACCACCCAUAAGGCUAAGCUAUCAUCAUGGUAACCAUUACAACUCUCUUGUUGACCCACGUCGACUGACAAUUGGUGCAGGACUUGGUUUCAGCUGUCUUCGAGGGGUGCGUUUCUGUUUCUUUUGCUGUUAUGUCUAUUGUUUAAUUAUAAUGGUAGGACUUGGUUUCAGCCGUCUUCAAGGGACAAACGUGGAUAGGGAUCAGGUGAAGGCUGCAAUUAAAGCUCAACAGGAUCAGCAGAUAGAUAAUGCCCUUAUAGCAGAAGGGAGGUUUUACUCGGAUCUUGAGCUUACUGAGAAGGAGAUUGAACAUAUGGUGAUGGAGGCUUCUAGAGCUGAGUACCUUGCCAGUGACAAAUCUAAGCAGCAACUUGGUCACAAAGAAUCUUCUACAUCUGGUGCUGAACCAUCAUCUUCAGGAGCUAGAUCAUCAGGCAGUGAGACCAAGGUGAGAGAACAUAAUUUGCAGGAUACUGUUCUCAGCAGUAGUAGUAUGCAGAUGGUUCUGUCCAUGGGAUUCAGCUACCUCCAAGUGAUGGAGGCAUACAGCAUAUUUGGUGAUGAUGUGGAUUCAAUGGUCUGUUACUUGCUGGAAACUGGCAGUAGUCGGCGCAAAGGCAAAGCAGCCGAAUGAGCAGACCCACUGCCAUAUUAGAAGCAGAAGCUGAGCUUGUCCUAGGUUUAAAUUUGCUGUUUCCCUUGCUGACAUUGUUAGAAAGAAAAGUGAAAAAGGUGAAGGACCUGGUCCAAUUCAAACACCAUCUCUUGCUCUGAAGCUUUAGAAUAUGUUCAAUCAAUAAAAAUGGGAACUUAUUAGCUUUAAUGUAGAAAUACUGUACUUUUAUGCUUCAAAGUUGAGCUAUUAGUUAUGAACUAUGAUUGAGCCAAGCGUUUUCCGGCUGUCUCAUAUGGAAAAGUAUUUAUAACAUUUUCUUUAUCAUAAUAUUAUGAAUAUAGUUCACAUUAUUUUUUA